UGAGGGAAGGAGGGCCCGUACUUAUCCAAAUGUAGCUUUUUUUUCCCAAAAUAAGAACAAAAAAAAAAAAAAAAGAGUACAGAUUAAAUCUCUUAAAAUUAGUUAUUAAUAAUAAUAACAACGUAUAUAACGCUUUUCUACGGGUUGUGCUUUACACAAGGUACAUUUACAUAAGAGGGAUAGAAGUUACAGUAUGAAAAGGCUGUUUUAACAGGAAUCCCAGGUAGAAGUUGCUCUCCAGCUUUACUUCUUGAUGCAAUGUCUGUACCAACUCGACUCCUCUACCCUUUGUUUCGAAACUGUGAUUUUGGAAGGAAAUGUACUUCUAUUUGUUACUGUCAUCACAAAUACCCCUGUUGUCCCUCCAACCCGCAUUCUUCAAAUUCCUUCAGAUACAGAAGAGGAAAUUCAUUUGUUUCAGCCUUUCACAGCCCUAAAGAGUCAUGUGAUCAAUUAAGACGAUAUGUUACCACUCCACAAAGAUUUUACCUGACUCCACCACAGGUUAACAGCAUAUUAAAGGCAAAUGAGUACAGUUUUAAAGUUCCAGAAUUUGAUGGCAAGAAUAUCAGCUCCAUUCUUGGCUUUGACAGUAAUCAGUUGCCGGCAAAUGCUCCAAUUGAGGAUAGAAGAAGUGCAGCUACCUGUUUACAGACAAGAGGGAUGCUUCUAGGUGUGUUUGAUGGUCAUGCUGGUUGUGCUUGUGCCCAGGCAGUAAGUGAAAGACUCUUCUAUUAUAUUGCUGUUUCUUUACUACCUCAUGAAACCCUACUUGAAAUAGAGAAUGCUGUAGAAAGUGGACGUGCUCUCUUGCCUAUUUUACAGUGGCAUAAACAUCCAAAUGAUUAUUUUAGUAAGGAGGCCUCCAAGCUAUAUUUCAACAGUUUAAGGACCUACUGGCAGGAGCUUAUUGACCUCAAUACUGGAGAGACAACAGAUGUAAAGGAGGCCUUAAUUAAUUCCUUUAAAAGACUUGACACAGAUUUGUCUUUGGAAGCGCAAGUGGGGGAUCCCAACUCUUUUCUGAACUACUGGGUGUUGCGUGUAGCUUUUUCUGGUGCCACUGCUUGUGUAGCUCAUGUUGAUGGGGUAGACUUGCAUGUGGCCAACACUGGAGACAGCAGAGCUUUGCUUGGUGUACAGGAGGAGGAUGGAUCAUGGUCUGCAGUAACAAUGUCUCAUGACCAUAAUGCACAGAAUGAAUCGGAGGUAAAACGGAUCAAAUCUGAGCAUCCAAAAUCAGAAGAAAAGAGUGUUGUGAAACAGGAUAGACUGCUUGGGUUGCUGAUGCCAUUCAGAGCUUUUGGAGAUGUUAAAUUCAAGUGGAGCAUUGAUCUUCAGAAACGUGUUGUGGAGUCUGGUCCAGAUCAACUCAAUGAUAAUGAAUACACUAAAUUUAUCCCACCAAAUUACCAUAGUCCACCCUACUUAACUGCAGCACCAGAGGUCAUCUAUCAUAAACUGAGACCAAAAGACAAGUUCCUCAUUUUGGCUACAGAUGGCCUUUGGGAAACUAUGCAUCGACAAGAUGUGGUAAAAAUAGUGGGGGAAUAUCUAACCGGUGUACAUCAUCAGCAGCCUAUAGCAGUAGGUGGAUAUAAAGUUACCUUAGGGCAGAUGCAAGGUCUUCUUAUGGAUAGAAGAGCAAGAAUUUCCUCAGUGUUUGAAGAUCAAAAUGCAGCCACUCAUCUUAUACGACAUGCAGUGGGAAACAAUGAAUUUGGAGCAGUAGACCAUGAACGCUUGUCAAAGAUGCUCAGUCUUCCAGAAGAAUUAGCACGAAUGUAUAGAGAUGACAUUACCAUUAUUGUGGUGCAAUUUAAUUCUCAUGUUAUUGGAGCAUAUCAAAACCAGGAGCAGUAAAUUAAAUUCUAUAAAAUGUAGUUACCAAAGUUCUAAGACAGUGACUUUGUGUAAAGAUCUGAGUGGUGUGAGAGAGUGUGCUUUCAUUUUGAGCUGAUUAACUGAGUGCAUGGCAUAGGCCCUAAAACUGUUACAUGUAACAUGUUUUAUUUAUAAUAUUCAGUCUUUAUAAAUUUGCUUUGUUUUCUGACAUCAUGCCCGAUAAGAUGUCAAAACGAAAAAAGGUUGUUACUUGUACCGUUUUAACUUUAUUAUAGAUAUAGAUGUUUACUUGCUUCUGAAUUAUUUGACAUGUACAUUACACAGUGUAUAUUUUGCAUGAAAAACAAUGUUAACCCUAAUAUUUUGCGUGUUAUGAUGAGGCAUAAGUACAGUAAGCAUUGCUCUUGCACUUUUGUAGUCUGACAAUAGUGGUAAAGCAAUAAUCCUGAAACGACUGUCUUGUUUUCUAACCAGUAGAGGAGAGUGCAUAUAUUUUAGAAAGUGCGAGAAGGUGGCGCUAUGAAUUGAUUAUAUUGGAAAUGGUUCAAAACUAUCUGAAGUUUUAUUAACUUGUAUAAGUAGGAACAUGCUGUUUUAAAUGCAUGAUGAUAAAAUCUAUAAAUUUAAAAAAAAAAAAAAAAUCAGCUGAUACCCAGUUCUGUAUAGACUAAGGUCUUUAUCCCUUUUUCAAGAAUUUCUGUUUUCAGCCUCAGUUUUUCUCCUGAACGGAUACUCCUACGUUAAUGAUUUAGUUGCUUAUUACAUUAUGGGUAAUUGGUACUUUUUUUGUUUUUUUUUGUUUUGUAUUUUAAUCUUAAUUCUGUCAGGGACCAUUUACACUACUGUAGAUACGCUGGCUUGUGAACUCUUUACCCUUUAUAUGAGUCAUGCAUCAACAUGAAUGCCUCUGUCUCGUCCAUCAGAUUAUGUAACGUUAGAUGGUAAAAAAAAAAAGGCUAAGCAGUAUAAAAAAGAUAGUAUUCUUCAUUACUGCAGUACUUCACUGUGCUUCCUUUAUCGCUCUCAGUAUGACGGUUCUAUGUUUUUCUUAACAUGUAUGACCUGUUUUACUCAAGGUAAAUGUAAAAGCCAUUGCAGAUCUAUUAUAAGCCAUAACGCUCUUUACCAGCUAAAAAUAACUUCAUAAAGAGUUUGUGUUUAAUAUUCAAUUGAAUAAACUGUUACUAGACUUUCAAUUCUCAAAGUAUUUGAAUGGAAGUACUGUUUUCACAUCUUCAGUGAUAGAUGCACUGGAUUUCUAACUAAAAUCAGGAGUUUUAAAAUUCUACGAUCUGUACAUAUUAAACAUUAGAUUUAUAGUGUUUAAUAACGCAAAGCUUUAAUGUUUCAGGCCAGAAAAAGUAUAAUGCAAUAGCAUUAUUUUUUUUUUUAUUUACAAAGUAUUUUAGAAUCUAUUUGUCUAAAUGAUUUGUUAAUUUAAUUAUCAAAAACAGUUAAAUGAAUGUCUUGGUUUUUAUUUUCUGCACCGAUCAUUGGUCUUUGAUAUAUGUGAUUUCAAACUUAAGUGUUAAUUUCAUUCAGAUGUUGUUUUUGGCAGUUAACAGUGUUGGACAAUAUUUUUAGUAGUGUUUUCUAAAAAAAAAUGAUAUAUAUAAUUUUAUUGUCCCCUCAUGAUCAAAAUCCUAAAAUGUUAGUGCAUUUAAUACCUUCAAGCUGGACAUUGUUACCUCCCAAAAAAUAAUGUAAAAUCUUUACCUGCCUCUUUACUCUUCCCAUUUUGAAAUCCAAAAAUCAUUUUGUUGGUUUAAUGAAUAUUAGGAAUGUGCAUUCAGUUCUUUUAGUAGCCAGAUUGAUUGAUUUAAUUUUUAUUAAUGUUGGGGGUUUUUUCCCCUCCUUCCCCCCCCCAAUGAAAGCAGAUGCAGUGCUCACCAGCAAAUGUUAACGUGCUGAUAAUUAUCAAGAGCUUGGAUCAAUGCCUUACUUUCAAAUUCCAAAAUGAAUUAGAAGUCCGUUAUUUAUUUUUUGUUACGAAAUUUACAUUUUAUAUUUAAGAGAUUAAUGUAUAAAAAUAAAUCUGAUGUACCUCCUUGUGUAGGUAAGUGUUCUGCAAAUGUGAUGGAUUGCUGCACAAUAGUGAUAUACCCCAUUGGGCAUUGCAGAUUCUUCUCCAGAGAGGGGGCCCCUUUGGGGUUUCUAAAGUUUAACCAACAGUUUUUAAAAAGCAAAAGAAAUGGGUAAAAUGUUUAGCAGUGGAUUAAAGUUAAGGUAAACUUUGAAUGAAAGCCCUUUAAAAAAAAAAAAAAAAUACUAUUAAAAAAAAAGGGGCACUUUCAUUCAUCAAAGUUUACAAAGCAGCUGUUUUGUUUAUAAACUUACCUUCUCUUCACAGCCGGAGCAGCUUCCCCCGCCCGGAGAUCCUCUCUUACACAUCAGCAAUGGCUAAUUCGGCUGCCUCCAAUCACGGCUUUCCUCUCCAGGGGAAUCAUUGCCUGAGGCCAUGCCGUGAUUGGAGGAAGCCGGAUUAGUCAUUGCUGAUGUGUGAAGAGAGCUGCUCCGGCUGUGAAUAGAAGGUAAGUUGUUUUUUUUUUUUGUUAAUCAAAACUUCUGCAUUCUAAACUUUAAUGAAUGAAAGUACCCCUGUUUAAUAGUAUUUAUAAAAACUGGGCUUUCAUUCAUCAAAGUUUACCUUCACUUUAAGAUGCAGAAAUCUUUUUGCAAAGGAAAAAAAUUACUUUUUUUUUUUAAAUAGUUAAUGUUUUGUAUGAGUUUUAUCUGUCUCUGCAGCUUGGGUAAUAAUUAUUAUUAAUCAUAUUACUUUUUAUCACUUAUUUUCCCUAUGGUUUGUACAAUGUAAUAUGUGGUCAAAUUUUAUGUUGAAAUAACAUAUUACUAAAUAUCAACAAAGUAGAUAUAGUUAUGUCAUUAUACUUGGCUUUUUUAUUUACUAUUUUGCCAUGUUUAAAAAUUUGAAUAUUUUUGCCAUUUUAUCUUAAAUUGCAUACAGAUUGUAUGUGACAGUGCCAUUACAAAUUAUUAUUUGUAUCCUAUGGAGCUGUACAAUAAACUUCCUAAGUUUGCACUAAAAUCUGUGUAGUAGUAAGUUCAGUUAAAUGUUCACUUUAUCUAUCAUCUGUCAUAGCCACUUGUCAUACCAAUACAAGUGAGGGUGGCAUUUUCUCAUCUAAAUGAUUUUGUUGGGCAGUUAAAACACUGUUUAUCUGCAGUAUGACUUUUACACAAGUAGGUGUGUGUAUAUAAUCCAAUUGCAGAACUAUAGUGGUAUAUGGUUUGUUAAAUUUACAACGUUCCCAUAUUUACUAAUAGCAAAUCUUUCUAGUGCAAAUUCAGUUCACAAACUAUCCUAGUACUUAGGGAAUCGCAAUGUAUUUGUGUUGGUGCUUAUGCAUUGCUAUACAUGUGAUCCCUGGCUUAGAGACACUGAACAUAAAAAAAAAAAAUGAUUUCGUGAUUUAGAUAGAGCAUGCAAUUUUAAGCAACUUUUUAAUUUACUCCUUUUCUCAAAUUUUAUUUGUUCACUUGCUAUCUUUAUUUGAAAAAGGCAUCUAAGCUAUUUUUGGUUCAUCACGCUGGACAGCACUUGUGUAUUGGUUGGUUAAAUUAAUCCAUCAAGCAGCAAGAACAACCUAGGUUGUUCACCAAAAAUGGGCCAGCAUCUAAUCUUACAUUCUUGCUUUUCAAAUAAAGAUACCAAGAGAAUGAAGAAAAAUUGAUAAUAGGAGUAAAUUAGAAAGUUGCUUAAAAUUUCAUGCUCUAUCUGAAUCACGAAAAAAAAAAAAAAAAUGGGUUCAGUAUCCCUUUUAAAGAUGGGAGUUCUGUUUAGAUGACCCAGUAAGUAAUACAUUCACAUAUUUUAUUUGUAAUCUGCAACACUGCUAAUGAGACCCCAAACUAUUACAAAUGUGGCACCUUUUGUCAGCAUAACAAGCCUAGUGUUCUAAUACAGCAGCAGCAAUUAUUAAACACUGCAACCAAAUGUUGCUAAUACAAAAAUAAGGUUAAUGAAACUGCUUUCAGGGACAAUCUUUGUUCAUAUUCUGUUUAUUAAAGGGAUACUAAACCCACAUUUUUACUGUCAUGAUUCAGAUAGAGCAUGCAACUUUCUAAAUUACGCCUAUUAUCAAUUUUUCUUUGUUCUCAUGUUAUCUUGGUUUGAAAAUCAGUAAUAAAAGGUUAGUAGCCAGCCCAUUUUUAGCUCAGCACCUUGGUAGAACUUGCUGAUUGGUUUGCUACAUUUAGCCACAAAUCAGCAAGUGCUACCCAGGUGCUGAACAAAAAAUGGUCCGGCUCUAAAGCUUACAUUACUGCUUUUUCAAAUCAAGAUAGCAUGAGAACAAAGAAAAAAUGAUAAUAGGAGUAAAUUAGAAAGGUGCUUAAAAUGUCAUGCUCUAUCUGAAUCAUGAAAGAAAAAAAAUUGUGCUUAGUAUCCCUUUAAGGGCCACAGUAACAAUGACAGCAAGCUAGGUGCAUCAAAGGAACUGAUCAUUUUGACUCUAUCAAACAUAUAUUUUUGAACCUUUCACACCACCAUUUUUCUUUUCUUUUGGGAAGCUUUUUUUCUCAAGAACAGUUACCGAGUCUCAUCUCAUUGUGAGUGUUACUAGUAUGGGGUCUGAAUGUAUAAAAGUCUAAACAAAGUUUAUACUUUAUACCUCCCUUAUUUUUUACAUUUAGUCUUCUAUAUAUGGCUAUUUUUUCAACAAAUACAUUUACAUUUCAUGCGUUUGAUACUCCUAUUUUAUUGUGGUGUUGUGUUUUAUCUACAAUCCUAUGCAUAAUGUUAAUAUCUGUUUUUAACUGAUUCAUGAACAUCUCUUGUCAUUUUCUACAGAAUUAUUGAUUUAUAACAAGUUUUCUUCUAAAAUGUUUGCUCUGCUGUUUAUUUUAUUGUUACAUUAUGUUUUUGUUUUAAGGCAAUAUUGAGUCUUCCUUGAAGCACGGUCUGUUACUAACAAAUUUAGAGUUAAGAAACAUUUUGCAGUCUGUAAAUAUGUACAUUGAAUUAAAUAUAUAAAAACUUACAA